AUGAGAAAGUACGACAAACUACAACAGAAAGCCACGGACGAAACAUUGACGCUGGACAGGCGACGGACAGUGGUCAACCUCUCCAGCCACACCUUGAGCGAAGCAACCACAGCAAUCCUGGCCAAGGGGAUGAAUUUCGCAGUCGCACCUAAGCGAGUUCCAAAAGAAGAUAUUAUAGAAUCCGUAGAGGCUUCGGUACGUCAUCUGCCACAGGCCGAGGCGGAGAAGAUCCGGCAGGAAACGGUCAGAGUUCUGAAUAAAGCAAAGCCACCGAAGCAAAACAUCAACGCUGAGGAAUAUCAUGCCAUUAAGGAACUCAGGGACAACCCCCACUUAGUAGUGGUACAGGCAGAUAAGGGCAACGCCACUGUAGUCUUGGACACUACUGAUUACAACAAACGAAUGGAAGAUAUUCUCGCAGAACCUAUCUACAAGAAACUUCAGGGAGAUCCGACGGCCAAGUUGUCACUGCUACAGGACACGGUCAAGAGGCACAACCAGCAACACAGCCCUGUGCACAAGGCAGCAGCAGACAAUGGACAGACACAGUCAAUGCUUCAUAUAUGA